GCGUCUAGAGUCUUGUAGUCUGCGUCCUGUCUUCGACAAGGAAAAACAUUUGUGUGUGUUGGCUAAGCAACCUAGUAUUGCUGGGGCGUGUUUCGUUCAAUACUGGUUUUCACUUAGAAGAUAAUAAGAAAAGUGUUUGUGGGUUGUGCGAUAAAUAUUCGAAUUCAAGCAAGAGUGGCAAUUUCUCUUCAAUAGGGAAAUCUCAACAGCGCACAGCAACUCUUGGAUUCUGGCAAGCCCUAUAGCCUAGUUUGACGUCACUGGCCAUCGACUCGUACCAUCACCUUCAUACACACAUAGCAUAGCACACGAUCGAUUUUCCUAGAGGUUUUCAAACAGCUUUUUGGGUUAGCUGGUUCGCCAUGGACCCGGAGAAAGUACCUCACUUCGCAUCCGCACAGGAGGAAGCCAGAUAUUGGAGAUUAAAAGCUGAAGAAUACCAGAGAAUUGGAGAGGACGCCCGACUAGAAUUGGAAGAGUAUCAGGAAUCAAGUAGAGAAUUAGAAGCCGAGCUGGAAGCGCAAAUCAAACAAGCCGAACACCAAGUCCGUGAACUACGCUCCACCAAUCACAGACUACUAAUUGAACACAGUUCUCUGAAAGAAAAGUUUGAAGCACUCAGCCGAGAUCACCACACUCGAGUGAACGAGUUAGAGACACAUGUGCAUCAACUACGAAACAAAAACGAAGAGACAACCAAGCGAAUCAGGCAGCUGGAGCAAACAAACGAUGAUCUAGAACGAGCCAAUCGAGCCACGCUGGGAUCGCUGGAAGAUUUCGAGACGCGGCUGCACACGGCCAUUGAGCGCAACGCAUUCCUCGAGUCUGAGCUGGACGACAAAGAGUCGCUGGCCGUUAUGGUCCAACGGUUAAAGGACGAAACCAAAGAUUUGAAGCAAGAACUUCAGGUGCGGCAAAAGGCCAUUCACGAGACGCCGGACAACGAAAAGCACGAAAAAGCCGCCGUAGACGAGAACGAAAAGUCGGACCCCACCAAAUCGCCGCUGGCUUAUCCUUCCAGCAAUAACAACAACAAACUGCCCUCCAGCGCACCCCUCAAAUCGCUGCCAGUGACGGAUACUGGAAUCACUCAAGCAGCACGGCAUUCCGCCUUGAACAUUGUUGGCGAUUUGCUUCGACGAGUCGGGUGUUUAAGGCAGCAGCUCAGCAACGUCCAAAGUCCAUCACCUGGAAUAUACUACCCACUCCACCCCAGGCGUUAGAGAACAAAUUAUCGACAUGCCGGACUAUGGUGAAGGAGGGCAACGGGACUGUCAAGGAAGCCACUAGGUGACGAUCCAAUCUCUCUCACUCGGCUGACCUAUAAAGAAAUAUGUUUUUUUUUUUUCAUUUGCUUUACUUACUUGUACGAUCAAUUUUCAUUGUCAUCAAAUUAGGGGGAAAUUGUUAAGUCGCGCAACUUCGACGACGCCGGUGCAGAGUAUCAUUCGAGCUUAACUAGUUCCAAUUAUUGACGAAAUUACAACAGAAGUAAAAAACAGGGCAAAAUACGACAAAAGUGACGAUCGCUUGACAUUGAAAAACAAUAGCAAAACAGAAAAAAAAACUCUUUUUUUCUUCUCCCCUCUACUUUUCUCGAUCGCAUUGUUUGUGUCUUUUUCUCAAAAUUUGUUAGUUUCGUUCGUUUGUGGGAGCGGAGAUAGGGAUAUGAAUGUGUUCGGGUUACGUGAACUGUACCUUAUUGACUUUUUUUCCAAAUAUCCACCUAAUUUGUAUGUCCCUCUAUAACUCGUUGGGUUUCUCGGACCUCUGACGCGCAUAAUCUCGUCCCG